AUGGAUGACGAGGUUAAGAACGCGCAGGGGCAGUGGACCCCCCUGCUAAUGUGGACCAGUCUCGCAGUACUGGUUCCGGUCCUGAUUACGUUGUGGUGUGGGCUGCGGCGGGCCAAGCGAGCUUUGCGUCUCCGACACCUGUGCCGCACUAGCCGGCACGCCUGGCGCUACACGGACCUGUUCGGCAAACCCACCUACUGCAGCUCGUGCACGCUGCCCCUCCUGCACGGCGCCUUCUGCGAUUGCUGCGGGCUGUGCGUGCACGAGCGAUGCGCGCGACCCGCAGAGAGGGCACACAUCUGCAAGGAGAUCGCGGCCCCGGCAGAACCAGGUGGAGGGUUUCGGCACCGGUGGGUCCGCGGUAACGUUCCGCUGGCCAGCUAUUGCACAGUCUGUACGCAGCAAUGCGGCACUCAGCCCAGUCUGUGCGAUUACAGGUGUGUAUGGUGUCAGAUCACGGUUCAUGAUGACUGUAAGCCGGCUCUGAGCAUUGAGGAGCCAUGUGACUUUGGUGAGUUCAGAUCCGUCAUAAUUCCUCCGUCAUACCUGUACCAGGUGAACAAACUGCGGCGCAGACACCCGGACGAGUACUGCAAGCUUGCAGUAGCUUGUGGUGAUGGAUGGACCCCCCUGCUGGUGCUCGCUAACACACGCAGUGGAAACAACAUGGGCGAAGUGCUGCUUGGAGAGUUUCGUACCCUCCUAAAUCCAGUGCAGGUAUUUGAUCUAUCCGAGAUAGCCCCAGCUAAAGCGCUGCAGUUGUGCACUCUGCUACCCCCUGGCUGUGUACGUGUGCUGGUGUGUGGAGGAGAUGGUACAGUAGGCUGGGUGCUGGAUGCCAUUGAUGGCAUGAAACAGAAGGCUCAGGAUCAGUUCAUUCCACGGGUCACCAUCCUUCCUCUUGGAACAGGGAACGAUCUGUCAAAUUCUCUGGGGUGGGGUUCUGGAUACGCUGGGGAGAUUCCCAUUGAGCAGGUGAUCAGGAAUGUGCUGGAGGCCGAAGUUAUCAAGAUGGACAGGUGGAAAGUUCAAGUCGCCUCUAAAGGAAACUACUUCCGCAAGCCAAAGGUUUUGUCCAUGAAUAAUUAUUUCUCUGUUGGUCCAGAUGCUCUGAUGGCUCUAAACUUUCACACACACCGUGAAAAAACACCGUCCUUCUUCUCCAGCCGCAUCGUUAACAAGGCGGUGUAUUUUAUGUAUGGAACCAAAGACUGCCUUGUGCAGGAAUGCAAGGAUUUGGACAAAAGGAUCGAGCUGGAGCUGGAUGGAGAGCGGGUACCCUUACCCAGUCUGGAAGGCAUCAUUGUGUGUAAUAUUGGAUUCUGGGGUGGAGGCUGCCGGCUGUGGGAGGGCAUGGGAGACGAGCCUUGUCCUCCAACACGGAUGGAUGAUGGACUGCUGGAGGUGUUAGGGGUGUUUGGUUCAUUCCACUGCGCUCAGAUUCAGGUCAAACUCGCCAACCCUGUUCGACUCGGCCAGGCUCACACAGUCAGGUUGGUCCUGAAAAGUUCACGCAUGCCCAUGCAGGUGGACGGGGAGCCAUGGGCUCAAGGCCCGUGCACCAUCACCAUUACCCAUAAAACCCAGGCUUUCAUGCUGUACCAUAGCGCCGAGCAGACUGACGAUGACGACGAUGAAGAGUCCAGCGCCUCCGAGUCUGAAAGGCCUUCAGCUGAGACCAAUCACACUCCAAAGAAGGGGUCAGUCUGUCAGUAAGACUUCGGCUGUGUCCCAAAUGCAGCAUUUGCAAUGCAGUUUUGAGUAUGGUAAACAAGUGGUUGCUUCAAACGGAACAGCUCUGUUGGUAACCAUGGGAAAUGAAUCAUUGUAACUUGGGGUGAUGGUUGGUUAAAACCUACAUUACUGCAUUUUCUCAUCCAUCUAAAACUCUAAGCUAGGUUAGCGAUGAUUAUCUGCACUGGUUUUAUGCACUGCGUUAAACUAUCUGACCAUAGUUCUGUAGAGUCGAGCAGGGCGCCUAAAUGUUUUAGUAUUGUACACAAACUAACCAGCUGUGUUGUAUGUACAUUCAUUGGGCAUUAUAAGCAACACCAACCACAUAAAUGUACUUUGUGGGUAUACAAUUACUGACUGUAGCCCAUGUGUUGCUCUGUACACUUUGCCACCCCCUUUUCCUAUCCGUUAAUAAAAAGAGAGUCUCAGACCCUCACUGACAAGGUA